UAGUGGCAAAUGAAGCCAGGCGGCGCGGCGGGGUCUCCAGGGAAUGAAUGGGUUUCCUCCAGCACUGAUGCCAGGAACGGGCGCUAUAGGGAAGCGAUGUCCGGCGGGGCGCUGCAAAGAUCCGUCAUCCUGUCAGCGUUCGUUCUCCUGCGGGCUGUUGCUGGGUACUGCGGGGACGGAAGAGCUAUAUGGUCUAACAACACUAAUCUUAGCCCGGUAAAUGAAAGUCAGCUGUUCCUCUAUGACACUUUUCCUGAAAACUUUUUCUGGGGCGUUGGGACUGCAGCAUUUCAAGUGGAAGGAAGUUGGAAGACAGACGGAAAAGGUCCCUCUAUCUGGGAUCAGUUCACCCAGACACACCUUAAAAAUGUCAACAGCACGAAUAGUUCCAGUGACAGUUACAUUUUUCUGGACAAAGAUUUACUGGCUCUGGAUUUCAUAGGAGUUUCUUUUUAUCACUUUUCCAUUUCCUGGCCAAGGCUCUUCCCCGAAGGAAUAGUAGCGGUUGCCAAUGCGAAAGGUCUCCAGUACUACAAUGCUCUGCUGGACGCGCUGGUGCUUAGAAACAUUGAACCUAUAGUGACUUUAUACCAUUGGGACUUGCCUUUGGCACUCCAAGAAAAAUACGGGGGCUGGAAAAAUGAAACGAUAAUAGAUAUCUUCAAUGACUAUGCCACGUACUGCUUCCAGACGUUUGGGGACCGCGUCAAAUACUGGAUUACAAUUCACAAUCCGUACCUGGUGGCUUGGCACGGGUACGGGACAGGCACGCACGCCCCCGGGGAGAAGGGAGAUGCAGCAGCCGUCUACGCGGUGGGGCACCACCUGAUCAAGGCUCAUUCGAAAGUCUGGCAUAACUACAACAUAAAUUUCCGCCCACGUCAGAAAGGUUGGUUAUCGAUCACAUUGGGAUCCCAUUGGGUUGAACCCAACCGACCGGAAAGCACGGAGGACAUACUCAAGUGCCAGCAGUCCGUGGUCUCUGUGCUCGGGUGGUUUGCCAACCCCAUCCACGGGGACGGCGACUAUCCGGAGCUGAUGAGAAAGCAGUUGCUCUCCGCUCUGCCCCUUUUCUCCGAAGCAGAGAAGAAAGAGGUGAGGGGCACAGCUGACUUCUUUGCCUUUUCCUUUGGGCCCAACAAUUUCAAGCCCCAGAACACCAUGCCGAAAAUGGGACAAAAUGUGUCACUCAAUUUAAGAGAAGUGCUGAACUGGAUUAAGCUGGAAUACGGCAACCCCCGAGUCUUGAUCACUGAGAAUGGCUGGUUCACGAACAGUCAUGUGAAAACAGAGGAUACCACGGCCAUCUACAUGAUGAAGAAUUCCCUCAACCACGUUCUUCAAGCAAUAAGGUUUGAUAAAAUACAAGUGUUUGGUUACACGGCCUGGUCUCUCCUGGAUGGCUUUGAAUGGCAGGAUGGUUACUCCACACGCCGAGGAUUAUUUUAUGUGGAUUUUAACAGUAAACAAAAAGAAAGGAAGCCCAAGUCCUCCGCACAUUACUACAAGCAGAUCAUACAAGAAAAUGGCUUUACUCUGAAAGAGUCCACACCAGACAUGCAGGGCCAGUUCCCCUGCGACUUCUCCUGGGGUGUCACUGAGUCUGUCCUCAAGCCGGAACUGGUGGCUUCCUCCCCACAGUUCACGGACCCUCACCUGUAUGUGUGGAACGUGACAGGCAACAGAGUGUUGCACCGAGUGGACGGAGUGAAGCUGAAAACUCGGCCACGUCAAUGCACAGAUUUUGUCGGCAUCAGAAGACAGCUCGAGAUGUUGGCAAAGAUGAAAGUCACCCAUUACAAGUUUGCUCUGGACUGGGCCUCGAUCCUUCCGGCUGGCAACCUGUCCGCUGUUAACCGCCAAGCUCUUAGGUACUACAGGUGUGUGGUCAGUGAGGGCCUGAAGCUCAACAUCUCCCCAAUGGUCACGUUGUACUACCCGACCCACGCGCACCUUGGCCUCCCCCCACCACUGCUGCAGAGUGGGGGGUGGCUGAACCCCUCGUUGGCCAAGGCCUUCGAGGAUUACGCAGGGCUGUGCUUCCAAGAGCUGGGGGACCUGGUGAAGCUCUGGAUCACCAUCAACGAGCCCAACCGGCUGACUGACAUCUACAACCACACUGGUAAUGACACAUACAGGGCAGCCCACAACCUGCUGAUCGCCCACGCCCUGGCCUGGCACCUCUACGACCGGCUAUACAGGCCCGCGCAGCGCGGGGCGGUGUCGCUGUCGCUGCACUCGGACUGGGCGGAACCCGCCAACCCCUACGUGGACUUGCACCGGCAGGCGGCGGAGCGCUUCCUCCAGUUCGAAAUCGCCUGGUUCGCAGAACCCCUCUUCAGGACCGGGGACUACCCCGUGGCCAUGAGGGAGUACAUCGCCUUCAAGAACAGGCAAGGGCUGUCGCGCUCCACGCUGCCUCAGUUCACGGAGGAGGAGAGGAGCCUGGUCAAGGGCGCCGCGGACUUCUACGCCCUGAACCACUUCACCACCAGGUUUGUGAUGCACGCGCGCCGGGCCGGCAGCCACUACGACGCGGACAGGGACGUGCAGUUUCUGCAGGACAUCACCUGCCUGAGCUCCCCCAGCCGCCUGGCCGUCCUGCCCUGGGGGGAGCGGAAGGUGCUGAGCUGGAUCCGGAGGAACUAUGGGGACCUGGAUGUUUACAUCACCGCCAAUGGCAUCGACGACCCAGCUCCGGAAAAUGAUGAGCUCCGAAAGUACUACCUAGAGAAACACAUUCAGGAGGCCAUGAAAGCAUACCUGGUUGAUAAAGUUAAAAUCAAAGGUUACUAUGCAUUCAAACUGACUGAAGAAAAAUCUAAACCCAGAUUUGGAUUCUUCACAUCUGACUUCAAACCUAAAUCCUCAAUUCAGCUUUACAACAAACUCAUCAGCAACAGUGGCUUCCCUGCUGAGGACAGUAGUCCUGGAUGCAGUCAGACUCAAAGAAACACAGAGUGUACAACUGUCUGCUUAUUGCUUGUGCAGAAGAAACCACUGAUAUUCUUUGGCUGUUGCUUCUUCUCCACCUUGGUUCUACUUUUAUCAAUCGCCAUUUUUCAUAGGCGAAAGAGAAGAAAAUUUUGGAAAGCAAAGAAAUUACAACACAUACCAUUAAAGAAGAGAGUUCUUAGCUAAACGGACCUUAGUUCUGUCUGCAUGAUAAAAAGUUUAAAAGUUCACUCCAGUUCCAUAUAUAUACUGGUAACUUACAGAAGAUAUACCUAUAUUGUAAAAAAAAGUUUUUUGAGAAAUCAGUGGUAGCCAAUGACAAUGUCUCUACUGUGUGUUUCAAAUGAAUUUUCCAUUUGAUGUGUUGAUGUCAGUGAAUUCAGUUCUUGAAUCCUAAGAUAAAGGCUUUGCCUAAAUGGGCCAUUUUCAACCUUUUUUAUUUUAUGGCACACAUAAACUAAUUACUAAAAUUCUGCCACACGCUAAAAAAUAAUUUUUGCUGCUCUGACAAAAAGAUAGGCAUAAUUUUGAUUUAUCCACACCAGAUUGUUGUGUUGGCUGUUUUUGACAAUCUAAGGAAAAGAGGUCAGCACCCAACUAAAUAAUCAGGUAUUGCACGUUUUAAAAAUUCUUGUGGCACACUGGUUGAAAUUCAUUGGCUAGAGAAUAAGCUAUUAGGAUUUCCUGAUACAUUGCUUCAUGAAGUAUAAGCUAUUUCCCAUCAUUCUUUUCUUUUAUAAAUACCAACAGCUACUUAUCAUAAAAAAUAUUUUGAAAAAGUGCAACUUUGUUUUGUUAGACUUCACAGCAAAGAUUUGAAACUCAACACUGGACAUAUUCUGUCACUUCUAACAAGGCGUUUCCCCCUUUGUGUCAGGGUGGUUCUCAAAUGGAAAGAAAACACCCAACAGGGUAGUGCUUGUCGUAGCCAGUUACAUAGCAAAGACUCUUAAGCACAUCCACCCCUUAGUUUUUUUCAGUAGAAAUAAAAAUUGUCAAUUAUAAAACACCUAAUUUUGUGAGGUCGCUCCUUUUAUCAAAUAAUUAAAAAAACAUGAAACUCCAUAACUUAUCUCAUGGUAAGAUCAUUCUACUAAGAUCAAGGACAGCUAGACCCAAAUGCCUGUAAAGACAGGGAAGUCAAUCUCACGGUACAGCAACUUUCUGUUUAGACAAGGUGACAUCACUCUUCCUCACCUGAUUUUUGUGAGGUGACAAAAAUCCAAUCUAGCAUACUUAGGGAAGCUAAACAUCCUUUAAAAAUGUCGUUUUAUUAUCAAGUCAUCAGACAAGGGCCACGUCUGCCCAGGAGCUUCACUGUUCUGACACCACAGGCAUGUAUAGGCCGCUCAAAAAAUAAAAUGCAGCCGCAUCUGGACCUAGCAACUGUGACUCCUUGGAUGCAAUUCAGAAUGUUGAACCUAAAUGAGUCAGCGCUUUUUACAUUGCAGGUGGAAUUAAGGAAAUUCUGAAAUCUAAACUUGGAGUUUGAACUUUCUUGAACUCCAUGCUUAAUAUUGGUUCAGCGUAUUCUAAUUGUUGGAAAAACAAGUCUUGCACAUAAACCCACUUAUACCCACUUUCUUUCCGGAGGUUAGUCAGCACUUAAAUUACAGCAGCUGGUCACUCACUAGCCAGUCACCCUCUACAGGAAUUUAGACUUUCCUUUUAAAAACUAAAAGGAAAGCUUUUCAGUUCAAAAACUUGUUAGGAAACUACCCUAAAUUAAGGCAAUUGUGAUUGUUUUCCAAGUCCAUAUCUGUAAGAAGCCAAAUUACCUACACGAGAUCCUAACUGAUAAUUGUUUAAGUUUCAGAUACUGUAAAGAAAUAACACAAUUGGUCAGUUCAAGUAAAUACAAAAAGGAUGAGAAAUCAAUUUGCUAUUUGGGCGGCCAAAUUCAGAAAGUAAAUUUUGGCUGUUUCUUUUUAGUCCAUCCUCUUCGCAAGCAGUGCACCCAACUCCCCCAACCUUGGCUGUUUUUAGGUUAUGCAAGGAGUAUAUUUUCUUAGCGAACUAAGUGGGCCUGAGGCUACACACAUUUUUAACUGGUCAUUUGCUUUUAAACACAGUUAACUAUGUGGAAAGAGGCAUUUAAAUAGAUCACUUGGCUCGUGUCCCCCCCCCACCCCCCCCCCACCACCUUGUGCUGCCAUGGAUUCAUUCUGAUCCCAACCUGGGUUCUGAAAAUAAAAUGCAGUCAGCCACAGGAAUAACAGAUUUAGAACUAAAUUCAGGUUUUGCUUUUUUGGUCUCUACCUCGUGCUUUGUUUUAUUGUAUUCGUGGUUUACAAGUCCAUUAACCAUCACUAUUUUUAAAAUAUCUUUACAGUUAGAGCCUAAAGACCUACUGUCCUUUUUCAAACUUGUUACCUUCCCAUACUCUCCCAAAUAGUAGCUCUAAACCCAGUGCUUAUAGCCCUCCCUUUCUGGCACUUGAGAAGUAUUUUGUGUAUUAAAUAUAACCAUCUUUCACUAAUAAGUCUUUGAUAAAUGUGUAUGGAAAUAUCACAACUAUGGUAUUUAAAGAGCUUCGGGAAAAUGAGGUCUAUUGUUUAAUUUUCAAUGUAACUUAUUCCAAAUAAACUUAACAAUUUAGUCGAUUUUACAAA